CGGCGGCCGUUGGGGUACUGCAGCCAACAGUGAAGCCGGCACGGGAGCGCGCACAGACCCCUCACAGCACUGAGUUGUGAUAGUGACGUGUGCAAAACCUCGUCAAUCAUGUCAAGCGACGAAGAUUUUGAUUCAAGCUUCGAGCUGCCAGCUUAGCUGAGAUGCAGACGGCUUUACAGCAUCUGAGCCAGGAGGAGAGGGAUGUCCUCCUUCAGUCGGUGGUGACUCGUCUUCCAGGGGUGAUGCUGGACAUCCUCGAGUUCCGGCACCAGAUACCAGGACCACAUCAUCCAGACACAGGGCAGCCUGCGUGGUGCACCUGCUUGAACUGCCGACGCAUGCCAACACAGUUGGAAAACCUGUGCUGUCGGCAGGCUCCAGACCACUGUCUGAGCAGGAGUGCCCACCUGGAGCUGUACUGUCUGGAUGAGGGUAUGCUGCGUCUGGUGAGGAUGACGUGGAACGACAUCUUCGCUCUGGAGGACAGUCAAGAAGUGGGCAGUGACAAUCGAGAGUUUCGGUUCGCUGCCUACCGGCAAUUCACCAUCUGGCAACAUGGGCGCCUGGGAGGAGGCAACCGGAGACCAAUACCAAGCUGUUGUGUCCUAAGAAUCAGGGCUAAAUUUCCCGACCCAUUUGGGCAGUACACGGGAUACAAGGAAGCCCCAUUUAGGGUGGCUGACUAAAAGAUAAAACAGUUAUGUGCAAUAUAUAUUUUUUAUUUUCAUUAUUUAUUGGAAAUGCACGUUGUUGAAUUUUUUUUUUAUUAUUUAUUUAUAUGUUCAUAAUAAAAAAAUGUGUGGA